UUUUGACAGGUCCUAUUCACAUUGAGAACGUAACUCCGCCCCCCUUGUCACUCAUUAAUCACUGUCUGUGUUAUCUCAAUCACACAUCGUUCGCGCAACUGUCUAGAAAAGGAACGAAGGACUUGAGGUACAGUUAGUCGAUCGGUCUGUUCUCCUCGUGCCACUUCAUGCUAAACAGUCCAGUACUCCGAACACUAUGUCUACCGCACUGGUUUCUGCUUUCUACGAUGUUGGCGAUGUUCUUUACAAGCAAAACAGUAGAAUACAACUAAGGACUGACAAGAAAGCAGUUGGGUCACCGAUCGGCAAUUUUAUGCAACGUCGGAACUCUGCGAGUGCGGCGCUAUGUAAUCCACUCAGCAAUAACACGUCUUCCACAACACUGCUUUCGGGUCUUACCGAGUCGUCUUUCCUCGACAACAAGGAAAAUAAACAGCGGGAUCGUGCCUUUAGUGAAAGCGAUGGAAAUAAAAGAAAUCAAGUCAACUCCAGCCGUUACAAGACAGAACUUUGUCGACCGUUUGAAGAAAACGGAACAUGCAAGUAUGGCGACAAGUGCCAAUUUGCCCAUGGCGACCACGAGUUGCGAGGGUUGAGUCGCCAUCCAAAGUACAAGACCGAACUUUGCCGUACAUUCCACACUAUCGGAUUCUGUCCAUAUGGACCACGAUGUCACUUUAUUCACAACGCCGAAGAGAAAAGAACACCACAUCAGAAUGUGCAACAAAAUAAUCACCGAAACGCUACAAUGACACGCACCAUCGAACGACCAAAAACUUUAUUCCACAGUCUGAGUUUCAGUGGUACUCCGAGUAGUGACUUUGCCCCGUCUCCUACUUACGAUCUCAGUCCAAAUUCACAGACACCACCACCAACGUUCUUUCCCGAUGAUGGCAUCCAGCUUAACUUCAACACUACCGCCAACUCUCUGAACAACAAUAUGAAGAAUAACACCUACAAUUUCUCGUGCCAACAAGAUUUACCACCACUGAUGAUGCCUAUGUCGCCCACCAUCGUCAGCCAGAACAGCCCUUACAUCACAACAGCAACGCCUUCCCCUCCACUGCCUCUCAGUCUCAACGACAAUCUACAAGACUUGAUGCCAGAUAACCUGAAUAGUGUUUUCUACAGUGACGAUGGUAGUUUGUCCCCAACUCCCGAAUCUCUUUCAGAUCAGGAGUCGCUGGGUUCCGUGGGUUCCGGGUCUCCAGGCCUAGAUCAACGCCGACUGCCAAUUUUUAGUCGUCUUUCGAUCGACGAGUAAACGCACUUUUCAAGGAAGUUCUAACCUUGUUAAAAAAUAACACGCCUUAUUUCCAAAAAGACUUAAAAUAUUCUACUACCAAACUAAAAACUUUGUAAGACUUUUUGAGAGUUAAAUUAAUAAUUCUUCUGAUUAUUUAUUGUUAUUUGGUUGAGUUGAGAUAAUGGGCUCUCGAGCGUUUCUGCUUGAUAUGCUAAUUUUGUACUGGGGUCGAGAACAACGUGUUCAGGGGGCCAAAACAAGUGUUUUUACAUUGCACUGAGUUACUAAGUAACUCGGCUUUGGCCAAAUGAAGUGCUUUCUUACUCGGAAAAAAACUUUAUUUUGACUGUACUAUGUUUAUAACGACGGUUUUAUUAUUUUAAUGCAGAGCAUGAAGAUUUUUAUAUUAUCUACAUUAUUAUUGGUUACCCCAUAAACACAAAGUGUAUGGUUUAUGGUGGUGUAUUUAAGUUAACAGGCCUUAUUUAUUUGAAGUAAGCAUUUUUUGGUAAAUUUAUAAUGCCUCCUAUUUAUCGGGUUCCAUGUGGGACAUAGAUAUAUAUUAUAAACUUUGUUAAAUUAUGAUUGUGAAUUGAAAUGGACAGAGACUGGAGUGUCAUGUAUUUCUCGUAUAUUUCAAGAAACACUUAUUAUUAAUAAUAUAUUAUUAUGUGUAACUUUGAUAUUUCAUGUUCUUUUUUUAUCAAGAAUCAAGAAGUUUUGCUAAUAUUGGCAAGCAAAGUAAUUUUUGGACACUAUUGCAAUAGUUACAUGUUCCCAACAUUUCGAUGCCAAGUUUUGUAGAAUAUAAAAAAAGAAUGUUGGAUAUGAACAGUGUUUUCUGAAUAGUUUUACUAUAUUUGGUGUUAUUACAAUUUUUACUGAAAGACGAAAUAAUGUUGGGUACAUGGUAUUCCAGACUAAAAAACUUGUCACUUUUUUCCAGGUACUUCCAUUUAUUUGUAUGUGUAUUUUUUCAAAAUGAAAUCUAUCACGAGUGCCUUGAUUAAAGGAAACGCAAUGCUUUAUUACAAGUAAAAA